CGAUUCACCAUUGUCCCUCCAUCCACAUCACGUCCCUUCCACACUUCAACUCAGUCUCCAGCCUCCCCGCUAAUGGAAUCCUGCGCUCCGAACGACUAAAACCCGUUCUCAGCGUCAUCAGCCCUAAUUAAUAUCCCCAUCAUAUUCGGUUAUCUGGCUCCUUUUUCGCAUCGGAUCUUGUCGUAUAACACCCAUGCCUACCCCUAUCGUCGAGGUUUGACAAACUCUCCUUGAGCAUCGCAACCAUGGAGCCGCCCUCAAAUUCGAAUUCUAGCAUCAGAUCAGCGAUUCCCUCACUUCCCGCCCCCGUUACCACACAACUCCAGGCCCCGCCAUCGCCGCGCACUCAUCGCGCCCUUCGACGUCUUCAAUCCGCACACACUCUUGGAGCCCGCGCUCGCGAGCAAGGCACGCCCUCGCUCAUCUCUCAGCAGCGCCAGCGCGACACCCAGCGCAAUCCUUCUCCUACAAGACCGUCACAAGCGCCUCCUGCUGCUUCAGGCACACCCAGCUUCUCCCAGAAUAUCAAUCGCUCACCUCAGCGCGGGCGCGCUAAUAGCGAUGCCACCCCACCCCUCAUUCAUCAGAUGAAUGUUGUGACAGCCAGCAAGCGUGCUGGGAGUAAGAAACCCGUAUUCUCGCAUGGCCAUUUGCCUCUUCAUCAAAUUAUCCGCGAAGGUCCAACAGAUGGUGAUUUCUUGGGCGCUUUGGAGAGCGCACGGUGGAAGGUCAUUGAUGAAGGUGUCAAGAGUGCUGAGGAUGGCAUGUCAACAUUGAGAAUAUACGUCUGGCUCGUCCUCCUGGACGCUCCUAUCCUAUCGACCGAUGACUACCUCGCCCUCAUCCACCGAGGAGCCUCUCCGGCUUACUCUAAGAUCCGCAACGACACUUUCCGCACACUUACAACCGACCCUCUCUUCCGCCGACGUGUCAGCGAGGCCAGUCUGAUUCGUUUACUUAACGCAAUUGCAUGGAAGUUACAUGAUGCACGUGAGGAACAGCGUCAAAGCCGCCCUGGUAGCAGCCGAGCUUCACUCCCUGGCGGCAGUAGUGUCUCGGGCUGUUCUCAGUCAGGCACAAGCACGUCUUCGCCAACUGCUCGCAAUCGCGCGCGGGCCUUAACACUUACAACCGAGGGUUCCGAAUCCGGCGCAGGCGCUGCGACUCUAGAGCCCGGCACCUAUGUUCAGGGUAUGAACGUUCUGGCAGCACCAUUUCUUUACGCAGCUCGCAGUGAAGCAGAAGCAUUCGUUGCAUUCCACUCACUGUUGACUCGAGAAUGCCCGGGAUAUAUUCGUGGUGCCAUGGACGGCGUUCAUCGCGGUCUUGCACUGGUCGAUAAGGUCCUUGCUAUUGUUGAUCCUAAGCUAAGCAUGUACCUUACUGCGAAGGGCCUCUCGGCUGAGAUCUAUGCUUUUCCGUCCGUUUUGACGCUGUGCGCAUGUACACCACCGCUUCCUGAGGUUUUACGGCUAUGGGACUUCUUGUUCGCCUAUGGUCCUCAUCUUAAUAUUGUCUGCAUUGUCGCGCAGCUUACAAUUAUGCGAACUCAAAUUCUUCAGUCACCUAGCCCAAAUAAGGUCUUGAGAUCCUUCCCCCAGCUUAACGCUGAUCUCGUCAAAUCCGUCACCAUUGGCAUUAUCAAGAAGAUACCCGACGAUGUUUAUGCUGAGAUUGUUUCUCACGCUCUCUAAAUAUGGCGCACCCUUCGUACCAUAGUAUUUCGGGAUUGACAGACAAGCGCUGUGGCCACUCUAGGUGAUACAAGGGCACAACAUGACUGAGCAGGGGUCUGGUCGCGAAACUCAACUGACGUGCAUACUGCCACGCGGAUGGAAAGUUUAUUUUGAACCACUCGUCCGUUACCCAGCAGCCCAUAAAGUUGUUCAAGGGUCUUGCAACACACUAAUCCUGGCCGAUAUUGCCAAACUCAAGUUUUUAACAGCAGGCGGCCAUGAAAGGGCAAUAGUACUCAAAAGUGGUUUUUGUUUUAUGUUUUUUAUGAUUAUUGAAACGCGUUAUGACGGGACAUGGAUGGUACUUUAAUGAUGCGCGAUAUGAGCGUGAGCGGUUCUUAAUGGGUACUAGAGGCUUCAAAUAGAGACGGAUGCUCUAGGAUGAAUGAAUGAAUAUACGA